AUGAUGACUCAAGACUAUAUAAGACAUCGCAAACGACCGUUAAAUCUUUCGUAUGCUCUCGAUACAGAUCAACAACGUACGACCAAUAUUCGUAGGAAACCAGAAUAUUUAACUUGUAGUAUAUGUGGAGGAUCAGCACAUGGCUAUAAUUUUGAUGCUAUUACAUGUGAAUCUUGCAAAGCUUUUUUCCGAAGAAAUGCGUUAAAACCUGAUAGUGAAUUUAAAUGCCGAAUCAAUACUGGUAAAUGUGUUAUUACCGAAUCGACAAGAAAACGAUGCAAAGCUUGUCGCUUAGCUAAGUGCUUAGAACAAGGAAUGAGAGCUGACUGGAUAUUAACUGACGCAGAACGUGUAAAAAAACGAAAGAAAAUUGAAGAAAAUCGCUUACUUCGCCAGACAAUCUAUCCUGAUUCAUCAGACACCGAUGAAAUGGAAACAAUAAAAAGAAAGGAUCGAACAUACGACAAUGAACAAGGCCAUGAUACUAACGGUGAUAGUUCUGUUUCAUUAUCACUUAUGCCAGUAGAAAGAGCAUUAUUAUCACCUGAAGAUUUAAUUAAAAUUAAAAAAGUUCAACAAGCAUAUUCGGAUUCUGUUCGUUUAAUAUCACUACCAAGUCAUAUUCCAUCAUAUCCACAAUUAGUACGAAUAACUGAAGCAUCAGAUAUGAUCAAUAUUCCUGCGAAUAUUCAAGCAACGCGUCUUAUAACUUAUUUCAAACUUUUACCAGAAUUUUCAUCUCUAAAUGAAAAUGAUAAAUUGAUUUUAAUUAAAUACAACACAUUUCCAUUAGCCUUUAUUCGUGCAGCAUUAACUUACGAUGUAGCCGCCGAUACUUAUCAUGAACCUAAUACAGAUGAUUGCAUUUUUGCAGGCACGGAUUUAAUUAAAUGUUUUGGCUUGCAUCAAUAUGAGCAAUCAACACGUUGUAUACAAAAUUUAUUAAUUGCUUCAGCAAAUGAUACGCUUAUAUUACAAAUACUACUGGUUGUGAUGAUAUUUUCCAAAGGUUCAUCAAUAUGCACAUAUGAAGAUGAAGUUGAACCUAUAGCAGAAAAUAUUUUAGCAAUUUUUACGGCACAAAAUCUAUUUGUUGAUUUAUUAUGGAAAUAUUGCCAAAAUAAAUUUGGAUAUUCAAAGACAGCUAAAAUUUGGCUGAAACUUACAAUGUCCUCGAUGGAUGCACAUUUUCAAGCAUCUACAACAAGACAUGAUUAUAUAAAAGUCGAUUCUGUUGCUAGACAACUUUUGCCGCUGAUGAAAUCAGUUAUGUUAAUCGUUUAA